CAAUGAGCUGCUGAGGGCUCCAGAGUCGAGUGGGACCGGGGAACUCUCGCACAAAAUGCGCUGGACCACUUUGCGACCUACAAGUCUUGUUGUUUUCACCUCCUCCUUUGCACAAGUUUGUUUGCGCGCACGGACUCGCAAAGGACCCACUUGGAAGACUUUUGGGGGGGACUUGAGCCGUUCUUUUUCCGUGUUGCUGUUUGCCGAGAUCCGGGCGGGGGUGGUGGAAAGGAAAGGAGAGGAAAGCAAAGCAAAGGGGGUGCAAUGGAGCGCUGAGAUGGAAUGAUUUGUCCAUGAAAAGUACCGCUAACAACUUUGGUGCUUUGGAUAAAUGGGCACGCGGAGUGUUGACGGAGCCGGGAUUCCACGGCAGCCUGUUGAACGGACUCAACGUUUCGGAUUAAUGUCCUUGGAAGUGGCGUUGAAGUUUGCCUUAUGACUCCGCUGUGAGUUUUGCCGUCCACCACCGCAGCAACCGCCAGCACCAUGGCAAGCUUUGGCGCGCUGGCACGGAGCCUCUGCGGCUCACUCGGCCCACUAACCUGCGUGCUUUUGCUCGCGGCGCUGUCCGCAGCCUCGCCACCCCACGGCCGGAGACUUAUCUGCUGGCAGGCCAUCCUCAACUGCCAAAGGGAGCCCGAGUGCAAUUACGCGUACGAUCACUACAUGCGCGCCUGCGCGCCGGUGUUGAACGGGGACAGGAAGAAGUGUCCCAGCCAUUGCAUCUCGUCGCUGGUGCAGCUCAAUCUCACCCGAAACGGACCGGCGCUGGAGGACUGCAGCUGCGGCCACGACUCCUUUUGCACGCGCACCAAAGUGGCCAUCGAGCCCUGCUUGCCUCGGACUACCAGCUCGGGCUGCACGGCGGCACGGAUGCAAUGCUUGGACGACCAGCAGUGCAGCUCGACCUUGAGCGACUAUAUGAAACACUGCGGCAAACUUUUCAGCAGCUCCGUGUGCACCGACGCGUGUCGCAACGUGAUCGCCGCCAUGCGGAGGAUCCCCAAGGGCCAGCAGCUGGACACUUGCAUGUGCGACGGUGACGAAAGGCCCAUCUGCGAGUUUGUCAAGAGCAACAUGAAGCUCCGCUGCUUCGGCGCACCGGUGACGGAAGAGAGCAGCGGCUUCCGCGAGGACUACGACGCGGAGGACGACGAGGACUACGCGGACUCGGACUACAGGGAUGCCCCGUUGAAUGGAGCCUCUUUCCCGUCGCUCCACUCGCUUUUGACCCUGCUGCUGCUGCUGCCGCCGCCAUUCAUUUUGGCUCUAUCGCCCCUCUUUUGAUCGCCGACCGGACGUUUGAACUCAGACUUUAGUGGAUUAUAUUUUCUAUGCAAAUGCCACCAGAGGGAAACUUUAGUAGCUCCAAACUCACCAGAUGCUCAGCUCAUACAUUGAAAUUGUUUGAUUUUUCAGCAGCAGUGUUUAAAUCUUCAUAUCCACUGUGAACUGUCUUUUUACAGUUUUUUUUUUUUUUUCUCUCAAGAAGAUAUGAGCUAUUUUUUAUACGACCGUUGUCUUAUUGGGCAUCUGAUCGACAAGUAUUUAAUGCUGGAAUCGUGGAAAUAAGAAAGUGUAAAUAGCAGAAGGGUUAAAUGAAAUAAUUUAUUAAAUGCCAACCAAUCACAUCCAAAUGUUCGUCGUGUGAAUGAAAGACUGAGCAUUCCAGCUUUAAAGGGAAGUCAUUAUUGUCCACAUUCUCUUGUACAUUGUAUAUAUGUGUAUAGCUGAUAUAGAUUUGGUACCCCAAGAGUGGUACAGGCUAUGUGCUGAUUUAUUGACUGUCUGUAGCCUAUAGAAAGAAAUGUCUAAAUCCACUGUAUGGUUGCCUUAAUGAUAUACUUUUAUAGAAGGCAUAAAGGAAAACUUGAAUACAUCA